AUGAGUUACGGCCGCCCGCCUCCGGACGUGGAAGGGAUGACCUCCCUGAAGGUGGACAACCUGACCUACCGCACCUCCCCGGACACCCUGCGCCGGGUCUUCGAGAAGUACGGCCGCGUGGGCGACGUCUACAUCCCGCGGGACCGCUACACCAAGGAGAGCCGCGGGUUCGCCUUCGUCCGCUUCCACGACAAGCGCGACGCCGAGGACGCCAUGGACGCCAUGGACGGAGCCGUCCUGGACGGCAGGGAGCUGCGGGUCCAGAUGGCCCGAUACGGGAGGCCCCCGGACUCCCACCACAGCCGCAGGGGGCCCCCUCCGCGCCGAUACGGAAGCGGCGGAUACGGACGACGCAGCCGCAGCCCCAGAAGACGUCGCCGCAGUCGAUCCCGGAGCAGGAGCCGAUCCCGGUCCCGCAGCCGGUCGCGCUACAGCCGUUCCAAGUCCAGGUCUCGCACACGAUCCCGCUCUCGCUCCACCUCCAAGUCCAGGUCGGCCAGGAGAUCGAAGUCCAAGUCCUCCUCUGUCUCUAGAUCUCGUUCCCGUUCAAGAUCUCGGUCCAGAUCAAGAAGUCCCCCGCCCGUCUCAAAGAGGGAGUCCAAGUCCAGGUCCCCUUCGAAGAGCCCACCCAAGUCUCCUGAAGAGGAAGGAGCCGUUUCCUCUUAAGGCAAUGCUGCGGUCUCCUGUUUGCUUAAAGAAUAUUGGCCAGUAUUGCAGAUUUUAACUGAUUUGGCUGAUCCUCCAGGGACCAGUUUCUGUGGGCGUGUAUUGGAGCAGGUUUGUCUUUAACUGUUAAAGAUACACUAUCCUGUUAAUGAACAGUCAGUCCUGUGGUUACAAAGUUUAACAGCCACAAAUGUUCUUAGAAACAAAAGUUGAAAAGCAAGGUUCUAUGGAAACCAGGUUGUUCCGCUGUGCAAUUGUGGGUUUAUAAGGACGUGCUAGGUGGGGAAAACGGAUAGUGUGUCUUUAACCUCCCUAAAAAGUUUGGUCCUGUUUUUUCAAAGGAAGGGGGCCUAGAAGUGUUAUGGAAAUGCAACUGUUUAAUAACUUCAAAGUUUUGAAUAAGAACUCAUCCAUAAUUUAACAGAAUCAGGCUGGCUUCAUAUUAAGGGUGGUUUGAGCGUUGCCCAACACCAUAUAUUGUGGUUAGUGGAGAAUCCACAAGUAUCUCCAAAACUCUCCAUCAACAAUUAGUUUCUGGUGGGAGGUGGGUAAUUUAUAUUACUAUGCAUCAAGACAAAGCUACUGCUACUAGGAAACUGAUGAUCCACAAAAUAUAGAAUGUGUUAAGGUUUCCUUGCUGAACUCUUCAUUUUUCAAACCUAGAUACAUCAAAUAGAUGAGAAAUCUACAUAACGGAUGCCUUUGGAGGAGAACUGAUCAUACGAAUCGCCAGUCCAUUGGAAAGACCCCAGCACAAGCAACCAGCUGUUGAAAAAGGUUAUUUUGUAACACUUUGUCUAACUUUUUAUUUUACUUUUGAGCCUCAAAUGGCAGACUAUUACUUUUAUGUGCCAUUUUGUUGCUAUUAUUCAAAUUUCUUGUAAUUUAGUGAUCUGAACGUCUACAGAUUUCAUUAUUGGCUUGGAUAUUUGAGGUAAAAACUUCAUUUUUGUUCAUACAGUGCUGACUUGUUUGCAAAUAAAACUGGUAACUAACCUGCUGCCUCAAGGUUAAUAUUAAAGAAAUCUGCAUCUUUAAUAUGCCGAGUAGCUUGAUGCUGUCCAAAUGUUCAAAUUUUGCCUUUAUUCUCCUGUUCUGAAAUUUUAAAUCCCAAAGCAUUUGAAAACCUUCAGUUGAAACAGUAUCUUCAAGUCAAACAGUAAACUGCAGCUGACAAUUAUUUUGAAAGAUUUGUUUUUAUCAGACAAAAUUCUAAUCUCUUCUCUUAUGUAUUUUUGUGCACUAGGCGCAGUUGUGUAGCAGUUGAGUAAUGCUGGUUAGCUGUUAAGGUGGCGUGUUGCAGUGCAGAGUGCUUGGCUGUUUCCUGUUUUCUCCUGAUUGCUCCUGUAACGAUGCCUUGUCGUGCAGAAACAAAUGGCUGUCCAGUUAAUUAUAAUUGCCUGACAACUGCACUUCCAGUCACCCGGGCCUUGCAUAAAAAUAACGGAGCAUACAGUGAGCACAUCUAGCUGGUGAUAUACACACCUUAUUUUUCCAGAAUGGUAAAUUAGACCAUCUACAUAUGUGAACUUGCAUAUAAAAAUGUAAUGUUAAAGCAUUUAAUUCAUUCCUCUCAGUAUAAAUUUGGAGUAUCUCUUAAAACAUUCUGUACUAUAACCACUGUCUGUAGUUCAAUAAAAACACUCUCUUGGUGUUGAGUUUUUUUGAAA